GGAACCAGGGGAGAACGGGAACUUUGGGGGACUGGGAGAGAACGGGAACCCCGGGAUAGAGCGGGGCCUGCUGAGACCCUGCGGGAAAACUGGGACUUACUGGGAGCCUGGCUGUGGAGCCAGGACAUCCCGGAGCCCUUGAGUGGAACCAGGACGUGUUGGGACCCUCAGAGUGGAACUGGGACGUGCUGGGAGCCACGGACAGGACGAUCCCGGACCGCGGGCAUGGAGGAGGUGAGGGGCACCGUCCGUGCUGGGCACAGCAUGGGGCUGACCCCAAACGGGGCUGACCCCACCCGCUCCCUGUGCCGCGCUCCGCGGUGGAAUUCCCGUUCCGGGCACCGGGACGGGGCCGGUGGCCCAGCGGGCCGGGCUGGUGGCCACAGCUCAUCCCUGUGCCAGGAGAGCCCGGUAGGUGCCACCCGCCCUGCCCCCGGGGCUGAACGAGGCACGGGCACCCCCAUGGGCACCCCAGCCCGGCCCUCGCGCCAGGAGGAGGAGGAGGAAGCGGAGGAAAAGGAUGAGGAGGAUGAGGAGGACGUGGCCGGUGACACCGAGGACAUCCCGCUGCUGGCAGGGGCGGCCCCGCGACAGCAGCGGCGACAGCAGCGCCCCGCCAGGUACCGGCACCUGGAGAGCCACCAGCGGGGACACCAGGAGCGCGGGGACACCAGGACUGAGGAGACAUUGAGACUAAGGGGACACCGGGAGCGAGGGGACACCGGGACAUCACCGUGCCCUUCCUCGCCCCGCAGGGAGGAUGAGGACGUCGGGGAGGCCGCCGCCACUGUCCCCACUGUCGCCGCUGCCAGCCCGGACGCGCGCAGCCCGGAUCUCUUCGAGCGCCUGCAGCACGCCGUGAGCUCCCUGGAGCGCGCCGCCUUCUGCCGCCGCCGGCAGCCCCCGGCGUGGCCGCCGCCCGCCCCGGCCUGGCACCGGGCGCUCCAGAGCCUGCAGGAGCUGAGCCGGACACCGGGCUGGGCGCGCCGCUGCUGGCCGGGGGCAGCGGCGGGACCGGGGCUGCCGGCGGAGGUAGCGGUGGCAGCGGAGAGGAACGCGAGCCUGCGGGCAGCCCUGGGCCAGCGGGACGAGGAGCUGGGCCAGGCCACGGCCGCGCUGCGGGCGCUGCGGGGUGAGCGGGAGCGCCUGCAGGGCAAGGUGCGAGACCUGCGGGAGGCUCUGGCCAGGCUGGAGGAGCCGGGAGGGUCUGGCAGUGACACCCCCGGCUUCGGUGACACCCCCGGGACAGGCGACGCCUCUGAGACUGGCGACACCCCCAGAGUCGGUGACACUCCCGGGGCCGAUGACACCCCCGGGCCCAGCAGCCUCCCGGGGCACCGGCCCCGUGCCCCGCUGUCCCCCCAGCCCUCGGCGGGGCCCGGCCGGGAGCAGGAGGAGCGGCUGCAGCAGCUGCAGGGGAUGCUGGCGCGGCUACAGGAGGCGAACCGGGAGCUGCUGGCGGCGCUGGGCGAGUGCAAGGGCGAGGCGGAGAGGCUGAGCAUGGAGCUGGGGCGGCGGGAGGCGCGCUGCAGCGGGCUGCGGCUGGCACUGAGCUGCAGCGAGCGCUGCGGAGGCGCCUACGUCGCCCUCCUGGACCUGUUGCGGGCAAAGGUGGCACCGGAGGGUGGCACCCGUGGGGGAACCGCGGCGGAACCGAGCCCGGGCCACGAACCGGGACCUGGCCAGAGCCUGGACUGCGCACCCGGACCUGGCCUCGCCACACCGGAGCCCUCGGGGCCAGCGGAGCCGGACAGCCGUGAGGACCCCGCGGACAGCCCCGGGGCUCACAGCCCCCGGGAGAUGGAGGAGGGAGCGCUGCGGGAGCUCAUCCGGCGGCUCCGCGCCGAGCAGGCGGCGGUGGAGAGGUCCCUGCUGGACGCCGCCAAGCCCUCGGAGCUCCCCCGGGAGCGCGACCCCCGGGGCCGGGCGGAGCAGGCGCUGCGGGAAGCGCGAGCGCUGCUGCCCGGCUGGAGGCGGCCGGAGAAGGAGGAGCUGCUGCAGGAGCUGGCUGUGCUCAAGGAGGCGCUGGCGGAGCUGCGGACGCGGCUGCAGCUGGCUCAGAAGGAGAAGCGAGCCCUGGAGCUGCUGCUGGCCGCGCACGGGCCCCGCGAGGCCGCGCUGCGCCUCCUGCUGCGGGAACGGGAGCGGGAGAGGCACCGGGAAUGGGACCAGGAGCGGGACGGACGAGACGGAGCCUCCGGCAGCAGCUCCGGCAGCAGCUCCGGCAGCAGCUCCGAUGAGGUAGGGAUGGAUCCCGUGGGGCCGUUCCCGGGAUUUGGGGGAUGCCGAGGGAUGGGAGGCAGUCGGAAAUCUCUGCAGGAGGCGCGGAUGGGGCGGGGGGCAGAGAUGGCCCCGCGAAACCCCCCGGACCCCGAGAGAACGAGGGAGGAACUGCUCCGGAUCCGGGCCAGGACGGAGCAGCUGCGUGGCCGUGCCCGGGAGCUGGCGCUGGCCCUGGAGCGGGGCAGCGCUGCCAGCCGUGCCCAGCAGGGGCACAGUGCCACCGUCACCCUGGAGCUCCUCCAGGCCCACAGGUCGGCACGGGCCGGGGUCCCUUGGGUGUCCCUGGGUCCUCCGGGUGUCCUGGGUCCCCUCGGUUCCCUCAGUCUCCCUGACUCCCUGGAAGCCCUGACUGCCCUCAUCCCCCUGGCUCCCCCGAUUCACCAAAUCCCUAAAUCCCAAAAUUCACGGCUCCCCCUCAUGCUCCCAGGUCUUCCAACUCCCUGACUCCCUAAAUCACCAGAUCCCGGGCUCCCCUGGUUCCCCGGGCUCCCCUGGAUCUCCCAGCUCCCCUGACUCCUAAAAUUCCUAAAUCCCAAAAUCCCCGUCUCCCCCGAUUCCCUGACUUCCUAAAUCCCAAAACCUCCGGCUCCCCUGGA